AUGAAGAACUUCACUGCUGCUUAUAAAGAUGUCCCAUUUCUCAACUUCUUUUAUGCGAGAAUCAAGGAGAAUAAAACAGGAAGAUAUGAGGAUACAUUCCCAUGGGUCAGUCUUUGUGGAAUCGAACGAAACUUUUUGAGAUGUGAUGACACUCCGUUGGUGUAUACCGAGUUGGAUCCAACAGAACAGUCGUUGAAACCUUCAACACUAUCAAUGACUUCGACAGGACGUGUAUAUCAUAAAAGCUCAAUUGGUGGGAAAGCACUGGUAGCUGACAAGUUGACGGAUAAACUGUAUCAUCGUUUUCGGUUCGAUAAAGAUGGAAAUCCGAUUGGAUUUGAAUUCGAAAAUCAAAUAGUUAGAUUGAAUGACGUUAAAUAA